CUGUCAAAGUCCAGUGGAAGAAACCAUUCAUUUUUUCUUUCCUGGAAGACCUUGUGUUUUCAUUCGUUUCCACUCGAUUUGAUUAAUUUUCAUCGCUUAACCCGAUUUUUAUCCAAUUCCCCGGCACCCUUAAUACUUGGGAAGAGCGCUCAAAGUGCAGGUUUGGAAGGCAACGGGGGCGUAGUCUUUGUCGGGGGACAAGUUCACGACGGUACACACAUACGCACACACAUAGGAACACGAAAAACAAUGGAUCAUCAUCACAAUACAGACUUCCAUCGCAGCUCGAACUCACUUGACUCGGAUUCUAAAUCAAGUUCGUUGAACUCCAAACACGGCAUGGAUACGAUUGUUGCAAACGAGUCCUCUUUCACCUAUCUGUCCGGCGAAAACAUGCAGGACAUCAAGAACGAUGUUUCCUAUAUUUGUCCGUACAGUGGACCGGUCGUUGGAACGUUGACAAUCACAAACUACCGGUUGCACUUCCGUUCCCAACCGGCCAGCGAUAAGGAUCCGGUGGUUAUUGUCGAUUGUUCGCUGGGCGCCGUGAGCCGCAUCGAGAAAGUAGGCGGUGCAAGCUCAAGGGGAGAGAAUUCCUAUGGAAUCGACAUAUUUUGUAAGGAUAUGCGGAACUUACGGUUUGCUCACAAGCAGGAGAAUCAUUCCAGGAGGACAGUUUUUGAGAAACUUCAGCUUUAUGCAUUUCCGCUGGCCAACAAUGGUCAGUUGUUUGCAUUCAAUUAUAGAGAGAAAUUUUUAGAGGACGGCUGGAAUGUGUACGAACCGGUUGCAGAGCUCCGGAGGAUGGGUGUCAACAGUGCGAACAAUGAUACCUGGCGGAUUACGAGGAUAAACGAGAAAUACGAAAUAUGCGACAGUUACCCGUCGGUUUGGGCUGUCCCAAAAUCAGCAAAGGAUGAUUUACUCAAACAGGUGGCUAAUUUCCGCUCCCGGAAUCGUCUACCAGUGCUCUGCUGGAUCCAUCCCAAAUCACUAGCGACAAUAACCCGCUGUUCCCAGCCACUGGUGGGGGUAAGUGGGAAACGGAAUGACGCCGACGAAACCUACAUCAAUUACAUUAUGGAGGCGAAUGCCCAAUCGGACAAGUUGUCCAUUUUCGAUGCGAGACCGAAUGCGAAUGCUAUCGCAAAUAAGGCCAAAGGAGGAGGGUAUGAGUCGGAGGAUGCGUACAAAAAUGUCGAACUCACAUUCCUUGAUAUUCACAACAUCCAUGUGAUGAGGGAAAGUCUGCGGAAACUGAAGGAGAUUUGCUUUCCGGCUAGCGAUGACCAGAAGUGGCUUACGGCGGUGGAGAGUACUCUUUGGUUGAAACACAUCAAGUGUAUUUUGGCCGGAGCGGUUCGAAUCGUUGAUAGGAUCGAAAAUAUGCGCAUGUCUGUGGUGGUGCAUUGUUCAGAUGGUUGGGAUCGCACCUCGCAAUUGACGGCACUGGCUAUGCUCUUGUUGGAUCCAUACUACCGCACAUUGAAGGGCUUCGAAGUGUUGAUUGAGAAGGAAUGGCUAAGCUUCGGGCAUAAGUUUGAACAGCGUAUUGGUCACGGUGAUAAUCAUCAUUCGGACGCGGAUCGGUCGCCGGUGUUUCUGCAAUUCAUCGAUUGUGUCUGGCAGAUUACGAAGCAAUUUCCACACGCACUCGAAUUCAAUGAGUAUUUCCUAAUAACAGUCCUGGAUCAUCUGUAUUCGUGUCGCUUCGGAACGUUUCUUUACAACACAGAGCGGGAAAGGGUGCAGAACGAUCUAAAAAAUCGCACCGUUUCGCUGUGGUCCUUCAUAAGCUCAACGCACGAACAGUAUCGCAAUCCGCUUUACGGUGGACGGAAUAUGGCCGUCCAGACGGUGCUGAAGCCUGUGGUCAGCAUGCGUCACAUCCGGCUCUGGAAGGGCCUCUACUGCCGGUGGAAUCCCAGUAUGCGACAACAGGAUCCGAUUUACCAACGGACGAGAGAACUUUUGGCCCUGCAGGAACAGCUGCUGAAACAGGUCGAGGAAUGCAGGGUGGAGAAAAAUCAACGAACCCAUCAGCAGACGCGAUUGACAUCACCGUUGCAUUAGGUGUUGCGGAGAGGGAUGGUGGGGUGGCCUCAAUCGGUCUCCUUCCUCCGAACUGAUGCUGUGGUGUAUGUUUAGGCGUGAGCGUUGUUCGAAUAAUAAUUAUUGUCAAUGGAAUGACAAGACUUCGCGCGAGCGGAAUGAUAGAUUACUACAGUUGGAUGCUGCUUAAUUAUUGUUUAACGAUGAUUCAGUAUAAAGCCGAUUCGGAAAUAAAUGCUAAUGUAAUAAAUGUUUUCAGCAAAGUUGAAAACGUUAAUGUGUAGUGAUGAGCGUUGUCAAUAGAAAAAAGUUUGCGUGCGUAAUUCUAGCUGAAGUAAUGACCGUUAACUGAUCUGGAAGUUUUCGGACGAAUGGUGUGUGAGAUCCAAAUUAACGAUAGGGAAGAUCACUAGCUUCCUUCUAUAGUCUUAACAUAGCUACUUUCCAACGUGAAUAAAUAUUGCUUUUGCUAGACUCAUGUUGGUCGAGUAGCGCUAUCCUAUCCAAUAUAACCCAUUCAAAACUAGCUUUAGUGCUGAAACAAAGAUACUGCGAACAAGAGAAUAUGGUCGAAAUCGUAAACCCAAGUAUGUAAUAUCCUUGUCGCAUACGACGUGGGAAUUGUCAAGCAUGUUAAUAAAAAGAUUAGUGCAUCUAACGAA